UACACAGAGGGUCCAAGUGUUCUGUCCUCAACCCCAACUAUGGAUUUCUCUCGCAGAAGUUUCCAUAGAAGCAACAGCUCAUCUGGCCAGGCUGGUGUGGGCAUGAGUGGGGCAGCACUUAGGAAGGGAUCUGUGCAAAGUUUCUAUUCUCCCAGUGUCUAUGGUGGGGCUGGAGGUCAGGGUACCCGGAUUUCAAGCACCAGCUAUGUGGCCAGCUAUGGAGGUGGUCUCAAUGCAGACUUCUCUGUUGGCAAUGAAAAAAUCACAAUGCAGAAUCUAAAUGACCGUUUAGCCACCUACUUGGAAAGGGUGCGUUCUCUGGAGCAGACCAACUCCCAGCUGGAAAUCCAGAUCAGGCAAUGGUAUGAGAAGAAUUCUCCCACCUUAAGCCGGGACUACAGUGCCUAUUUCAAAACAAUUGAAGAUCUCCGAAAUCAGAUUAACGCUGCCCGGGUGGCCAAUGCCCGUUGUAUCCUGCAGCUUGAUAACUCUAAACUGGCCGCUGAGGAUUUCAGAGUGAAGUAUGAAACUGAACAUGGAAUAAGAAUGGCCGUGGAGGCUGAUCUCCAUGGACUGCAUAAAGUCUUUGACGAUCUCACACUGCAGAAGACAGACUUAGAGAUACAAAUUGAAAGUCUGACUGAAGAACUGGCUUUCCUCAAAAAAGCCCACGAGGAGGACGUUGCUAACCUGCGAGGACAGCUGGGUAAAACUGUCAAUGUGGAAGUGGACGCUGCUCCCGGCCAUGACCUUGGAACCAUCAUGAAUGAAAUGAGGCAGAAAUAUGAAAUGAUGGCACAGAAGAAUCUUCAGGAGGCCAAAGAACAGUUUGAGAAACGGAUUAACAGUCUCCAAACAGAGGUACAAGUCAGCACCAGUGAGCUAAAGACCAAUGAAGCUCAAGUGACCGAACUGAGACGUACCUAUCAGAAUUUAGAGAUAGAGCUCCAGUCCCAGUACAGCAUGAAAGAGUCUUUAGAGCGCGCCCUAGAAGAGACCAAAGCCCGUUACGGUUCGCAGCUGGCUCAGAUUCAGGCAUUAAUAAGCACUAUAGAGGCCCAGCUGAUGCAAGUCCGAGCCGACACAGAACGACAAAACGGGGAACACAACGCCCUCCUUGACAUCAAGACCCGCCUGGAGAUGGAAAUUGCCACUUAUCGCCGCCUCCUGGAAGGAGAGGAUUUCAGACCUGAGAACUUCCAGUUAAACACGAUCGAUGAAAAAGAAAUAACGAAAACCAGGAAGAUUAAGACAGUUGUGGAAGAAGUAGUAGAUGGCAAGGUCGUGUCAUCUCAAGUAAAAGAAAUAGAAGAGAAGUUAUAAACAGCUACGAAAAGAAGGCGGGUUCAACAAGUCGGAAAAACUUGAUCAAACUUGACAACGUUCUAUUAGGAAAGUCCCUUUCACAAAGCCUGGUGGAUGUUCUACAGUAACAAGAUAUAAGAAACUCAUUGAUCAUAUUCUUCUAUGGGAGUUAAAAAAAAUACCCUCUAAAUAUUCUUCUUCACUCAGAACAUUUGCAAGAAUAUUGCAAAUAAAUUGUUAGUAUAAUUGGUGCAAGGAAAUUUAAAGCAUCUUUGCUGCUUCCUUGACUGAAAGUUGUGGACCUUCUAAUCAUGAAAAACCCUUAUCUUAUAGAUGCAUAUAUCUAUAAGAUAUAGAUAAUCUUAUAAAUACAAACAUAAAUGGAAGAAAAAUUUCUUUAGUUUUUUUUCCCCCAAAGUGCAUAUGUUUUUUCUGUAGUCUGUUUCCUAGUCAUGCCUAUUUCUCUAACGAUCUCACUGAACUUCAGAGGUCCAGAUCUCUCAAUCUCCUCUGAAUUAGGCUUCUAUUUCUUGUCCCUUACCCACCUUCCAUGGCAUAUUUUUAAGAAUUUGACUCAUGGCACAUGCGUAGGAGAUUAAAAAUGCAGGGAACCAUAUUUGAAAUGAGCAUCUAAGAAAUUAUCAAGGACC